GCCCUGCAGGCUCCCGCGGGCGCCACUUAGGCUGUGGUCGCCUCCACCUGGGCUCGCCCGGCAGGCCGGCGACAAAGGCCCUGGAGCCAUGGGUGACUGGGGCUUCCUGGAGAAGCUGCUGGACCAGGUCCAGGAGCACUCGACCGUGGUAGGCAAGAUCUGGCUGACCGUCCUCUUCAUCUUCCGCAUCCUCAUCCUGGGCCUGGCAGGCGAGUCCGUGUGGGGCGAUGAGCAGUCGGAUUUCGAAUGUAACACAGCCCAGCCAGGCUGCACCAACGUCUGCUAUGACCAGGCCUUCCCCAUCUCCCACAUCCGAUACUGGGUGCUGCAGUUCCUCUUCGUCAGUACACCUACCCUGAUCUACCUGGGCCAUGUCAUUUACCUGUCUCGGCGGGAAGAAAGAUUGCGGCAGAAGGAGGGAGAGUUGCGGGCACUGCCAGCCAAGGACCCACAUGUAGAGCGAGCAUUGGCUGCUGUGGAACGUCAGAUGGCCAAGAUCUCAGUCACCGAGGAUGGUCGGCUGCGGAUUCGUGGGGCCCUCAUGGGCACCUAUGUGGCCAGUGUGCUGUGUAAGAGUGUGCUGGAAGCAGGCUUCCUCUAUGGCCAAUGGCGCCUCUACGGCUGGACCAUGGAGCCCGUGUUUGUAUGCCAUCGCUCACCCUGCCCCCACCUCGUGGACUGCUAUGUCUCUCGCCCCACAGAGAAGACUAUCUUCAUCAUUUUCAUGCUGGUGGUAGGGGUCAUCUCCUUGGUGCUCAACCUGCUGGAGCUGGUGUACCUGCUGUGUCGCUGUGUCAGCCAGGGGAUGAAGGCAAGGAAGGGCCAUGAUGUUCCCCCAGCCCAGGGCAGGUCUUCAGACUCCUACCCUGAGCAGGUUUUCUUCUACCUCCCCGUGGGUGAGGGGCCCUCAUCCCCGCCAUGCCCCACCUACAAUGGGCUCUCAUCCUCUGAGCAAAACUGGGCCAACUUGACCACAGAAGAGAGGUUGACCUCUUCCAGACCUCCUCCUUUCCUAAACCCAGACUCCCCGGGUGGCCAGAGGCCCCCUAGUCGCCCCAACAGCUCUGCAUCCAAGAAGCAGUAUGUGUAGGGGCCUGGGGCUUAUGUCACUCAACAGAGAGGUCCUAAGAAGUGUGUCCUCUUUGGAUGCUUCUCAGAUGCCCGGUCUUCAAAGGCUCUGCAGAGACCACUGGGCUAGAGAAGUGGACACUUGCUGGGCAAAGGACUUGAUUACAGAUGGUUCUGGAAUAUCUGGGGUCUUUGUGGUGACCAGAUGGCACUGUGGCUUUGUUUAGAAUGUGAUUUUGCCCACACAUGGACACAACGGGUGGGGUGCUCUUGGCCAAAGAAAUUAUGGGCCCUCUGACCCUUUUCACCUGAUCCAAAGGGACCCAGAACUCUUGAUCACUUGGUCCCACUGUGGCUGGGGUUGCCCUCACACCCUGUCAGGGGAAAAGGCUGAUGUAGGCUGCUGGCUCAGCUUGAUCACCUGGACAGGCAGAGCCUGCACUAGAUCUGGCCCUGUCCAAGGGGGCUGGUUGGUGCCUUAUUUCAUUCAUUCUUUCCUACUUCCACUGUUUAUGCUUCUAAAAUAAACAGGCCUCAAUCACAA